GACAUUCAUCUUGUCUUUGACAUUUGUUUGACAAAUUUGUUGGGUUGUGAUUUGCAAAAAUUUUCUCCUGCUUACCAAUUUUGGAAAGUAAACGUUUGUUCUAAAAGAUAAAUAAAAGUUUAUAAAAAUUGUGGCAAUGACAGCACCAUCAGCAAACGUAUCAGCUUAUUUAGCAGCACAAAAGAAAACAACCAACAAGGAACUUGCGUCCGAGUGGACUACCAUCGAAGAUUUGCACAACGAAAAGUUAUGGAAUGAAUUGACUAUUUUGUUAACGCGUUUUGUUCGUCAUCCCGCUCUGCAAGAUGAGGAUACUUUGCUACAAUUAUACCAAAACUUCAUAUCAUCAUUCGAAAUGAAGAUAAAUCCAUAUGGGCUAGUGCAAAUUCUCGAGGUAGUAGUAGAACAUAUUUCCGAUAAGAAGGAAGCCGUUGAGUUCUUAGAAAAACUGAAGGAGAAAGUAAAUAUUUGCGAUGAAGCAGUGUGGUAUAUUAGGGUAUUGCAAGGUAACCUUUAUUUGACCAACCUUAAUGAUUUGGACGCCACAAAGAAAAUAAUUGAGGAAUUGCGUGAUGUGCUCGAAGAAGCCGGAAAUGUUACACCAGUACAUGGUAAAUUUUAUAUGCUCGCCUCACAGUACUACCGGCGAGUUGGCCAACACAGUGAUUACUAUCGCUGUGGAUUGCAAUUCCUUGGCUGUUCGCUCGAUGAUUAUCCUAAAGAUGAGUGGGCGCAACAAGCUUUUUUCCUUGGCUUAGCAGCAUUGCUAGGUGAUGGCAUUUAUAAUAUCGGUGAAUUGCUUGCACAUCCAAUUCUGGAGUCGUUGAAAGGCACAGACAACGAGUGGCUUGUUGAAUUAUUGAAAGCAUUUAAUACAGGCAACAUCCCAAAGUUCAAUGAGAUGAAGAAAAUUUGGUCAAAGAUUCCUGAUUUGGCGGCGCAAGAAGUAAAAUUGCGUAAAAAAAUCUCAUUACUUUGUCUAAUGGAAAUGACUUUCCAACGUUCAGCCAUUCAACGUUCGAUAUCGUUCGAGGAAAUUGCAAAGGAAACAACGCUGCCAUUGAACGAAGUUGAAUUGUUAAUAAUGAAAGCGCUUGCGCAAGAUUUAGUACGUGGCGAAAUAGAUCAGGUCGCUGGAGUGGUGAAUAUGUCAUGGGUGCAACCACGGGUAUUGGGUCGCAAACAAAUCGCCGGCAUGGCCACAACUUUGGACCAUUGGAUGGCAUCUAUAACAUCAAUGGAGAAACUGAUGGAAACGCGUGCCGCUGAAAUUUUAACCAACUAAUACUUUUUGAAAACUUUUUUGAAUUUUUUUUAACGUUUAGAUUAUAAAUGAAAUAAAAUGCAAAAUGUACUCAUAAGAAAUAGCUGAUGGGAUAUGUUCUGCAAAUGUAAAGUAAUAAGCACCACAACAUAUUUACUUAAAAUCUAUAAAUUAACCAGAAAUUUCAAACGGCGAACUGUUAAAGCUAAAUUCAAAA